CCGCCGCCGCCGCCGUCGCCGCCCCUCAGCCGCCGCCGCAGGAGGAGGAGGACGAGUCUUGCCUGGCCGGGCCCCGCCACCCUCGCCCGGACCGGACCUUGGACUGAUGGCAGAUGAAUAAGCAAACAUGGCCGCCAUGGUUCCACCGGUGAAGCUGAAAUGGCUUGAACAUCUAAACAGCUCUUGGAUCACAGAAGAUAGUGAAUCUAUUGCUACAAGGGAGGGAGUCUCAGUCUUGUACACUAAAUUAAUCAGUAAUAAAGAAGUAGUACCGUUGCCUCAACAGGUUCUCUGUCUUAAAGGGCCCCAGCUACCAGAUUUUGAACGAGAGUCCUUAUCGAGCGAUGAACAGGACCACUACUUGGAUGCCCUUCUUAGCAGCCAGCUGGCUCUGGCUAAGAUGGUUUGCUCAGACUCUCCAUUCGCUGGAGCACUUCGUAAACGUUUGCUUGUGUUACAACGGAUCUUUUAUGCACUUUCUAAUAAAUACCAUGAUAAAGGCAAGGUGAAACAGCAGCAGCAUUCUCCGGAAAGCAGUUCUGGCUCAACAGAUAUCCAUUCUGUCAGCGAGCGGCCCAGGUCGAGUACAGAUGCGCUUAUAGAAAUGGGGGUGCGAACGGGACUAAGCCUCUUGUUUGCAUUGCUGCGGCAAAGCUGGAUGGUUCCCGCUUCAGGAACUGGGCUUAGUCUUUGCAAUGAUGUCAUCCACACUGCGAUCGAGGUUGUGAGCUCUUUGCCACCUUUAUCUCUUGCCAACGAAAGUAAAAUCCCACCAAUGGGACUAGACUGCCUGUCUCAGGUGACAACAUUUCUUAAAGGAGUAACGAUUCCGAACUCUGGAGCAGAUACUCUCGGUCGAAGGCUAGCUUCUGAGCUGCUGCUUGGCUUGGCCGCUCAGCGCGGUUCGCUGCGGUACCUCCUGGAAUGGAUUGAGAUGGCGCUAAGCGCCUCGGCGGUAGUCAACACAAUGGAGAAAAGCAAAAUGCUGCAGACUCAAGAGGGGAUGAUCAGUUUCGAUUGUUUCAUGAAUAUAUUAAUGCAGAUGAGGCGAUCGUUGGGAUCAUCUGCUGAUCGGAGUCAAUGGAGGGAACCAACAAGAACAUCUGAUAGUUUGUGCUCUCUUUAUGAAGCAGCUUUGUGCCUCUUUGAGGAGGUUUGUCGCAUGGCCUCAGACUACUCUAGGACAUGUGCUAGUCCAGACAGCAUUCAGACGGGUGAUGCUCCCAUUGUUUCUGAGACCUGUGAAGUGUAUGUUUGGGGUAGCAACAGCAGCCAUCAACUUGUGGAAGGAACACAAGAGAAAAUCCUUCAGCCUAAGCUGGCACCAAGCUUUUCUGAUGCUCAGACAAUUGAAGCUGGCCAGUACUGUACCUUUGUGAUAUCUACGGAUGGCUCUGUUCGAGCUUGUGGCAAAGGCAGUUACGGCAGGCUAGGACUGGGUGAUUCCAAUAAUCAAUCCACUCUGAAAAAGCUGACAUUUGAGCCUCACAGAUCUAUCAAAAAGGUUUCAUCAUCUAAAGGUUCGGAUGGCCACACGCUGGCCUUCACAACAGAAGGAGAAGUCUUCAGCUGGGGUGAUGGUGACUAUGGAAAACUGGGCCAUGGAAAUAGCUCAACACAAAAAUACCCAAAACUUAUCCAGGGCCCUUUGCAAGGAAAGGUAGUGGUAUGUGUAUCAGCUGGAUACCGUCACAGUGCUGCUGUUACAGAAGAUGGUGAAUUAUAUACUUGGGGAGAAGGAGACUUUGGUAGACUAGGCCACGGUGACAGCAACAGCCGCAACAUUCCAACUUUAGUAAAAGAUAUUAGCAAUGUUGGAGAGGUUUCCUGCGGCAGCUCGCAUACCAUAGCUUUAUCCAAAGAUGGGCGAACUGUUUGGUCAUUUGGAGGAGGAGAUAAUGGCAAACUUGGUCAUGGUGACACUAACAGAGUAUAUAAACCUAAAGUUAUCGAAGCUCUACAGGGAAUGUUCAUACGGAAAGUUUGUGCUGGAAGCCAAUCGUCACUUGCUCUAACAUCAACAGGGCAGGUGUAUGCCUGGGGCUGUGGUGCGUGCCUAGGAUGUGGUUCCUCAGAAGCGACGGCUCUCAGGCCGAAGCUAAUCGAAGAGCUGGCUGCUACACGGAUAGUGGAUAUUUCCAUUGGGGACAGCCACUGCUUGGCACUUUCUCAUGAUAAUGAAGUUUAUGCUUGGGGUAACAAUUCCAUGGGACAAUGUGGCCAAGGGAACUCCACAGGUCCCAUUACUAAACCAAAGAAAGUGAGUGGUUUAGAUGGAGUAGCAAUUCAGCAGAUUUCAGCUGGAACAUCCCAUAGUCUUGCCUGGACAGCCCUUCCGAGAGACAGACAAGUUGUUGCCUGGCAUAGACCCUACUGUGUGGAUCUCGAAGAAAGCACCUUUUCCCAUCUCCGUUCUUUCCUUGAGCAGUAUUGUGACAAAAUUAAUAGUGAGAUUCCUCCUCUUCCUUUUCCUUCCUCAAGGGAGCAUCACAAUUUCCUGAAGUUGUGCCUGAAGCUGCUUUCUAACCACCUAGCCCUCGCAUUAGCUGGCGGAGUAGCUACAAGCAUUCUUGGAAGGCAGGCUGGUCCUCUUCGGAAUUUAUUAUUUCGAUUGAUGGACUCUUCUGUCCCAGAUGAAAUACAGGAAGUUGUGAUUGAGACACUCUCUGUUGGAGCAACAAUGCUCCUGCCUCCCUUGAGAGAGAGGAUGGAAUUGCUGCAUUCGCUUCUACCCCAGGGUCCUGACAGAUGGGAGAGCCUAUCAAAAGGGCAGAGAAUGCAGUUGGACAUUAUUCUGACAAGUUUGCAGGACCACACUCACGUGGCCUCCUUGCUUGGCUAUAGCUCACCAUCUGAUGCUACAGAUGUUUCUUCACUAUGUAUUGCCUAUGGAAAUAUUUCUGAUCCAACGUACGGUGCCCAAAGUAACCAUCCAGACACUCAUCUCGCUGAAAUUUUAAUGAAGACACUUCUGCGCAAUUUAGGAUUUUAUACUGAUCAAGCAUUUGGAGAGCUGGAAAAGAACAGUGACAAGUUUUUACUUGGGACAUCGUCAUCCGAAAACAGCCAGCCUGCUCACCUUCAUGAGCUGCUCUGCUCCCUGCAGAAACAACUUCUGGCAUAUUGUCACAUCAACAGUGUGAGUGAGAACUCAAGUAGCGUAGCGCUCCUGCACAAGCACCUUCAGCUUCUAUUGCCGCAUGCUUCCGAUAUCUAUUCCCGCUCUGCUACUCUGUUGAAGGAGAGUUCAUGGAAUGGCAGCGUUGGGGAAAAACUACGAGAUGUGAUUUACGUCUCUGCGGCAGGAAGCAUGCUUUGCCAAAUUGUUAAUUCUUUGCUAUUGCUGCCUGUAUCAGUAGCCCGACCUUUAUUGAGCUACCUGCUAGAUCUGUUGCCUCCUCUGGAUUGCCUUAAUAGACUGUUGCCAGCUGCUGUGCUUUUAGAAGACCAAGAGCUACAGUGGCCUCUUCAUGGUGGGACCGAACUGGUUGAUCCAGCUGGAGUGCCCUUGCCACAGCCUGCGCAGUCAUGGGUGUGGCUUGUAGACCUCGAAAGAACCGUGGCUCUGCUUAUCGGACGCUGUCUUGGUGGGAUGCUUCAAGGAUCUCCUGUAUCACCUGAGGAGCAAGAUACUGCUUACUGGUUGAAAACGCCACUGUUCAGUGAUGGAGUUGAAAUGGACAUUCCACAAUUAGAUAAAUCCAUGAGUUCCCUUCUGGAGGUUGCCCUCUCUGGAAAUGAAGAACAAAAACCGUUUGAUUACAAGCUGCACCCAGAAAUCUCAGUCUUUGUGGAUUUGGCCUUGGGCUGUGCCAAGGAGCCUGCCCGUAGCCUCUGGAUCAGCAUGCAGGACUAUGCUGUUAGCAAAGACUGGGACAGUGCCACCUUGAGUAGCGAGUCGCUUUUGGAUACCGUGUCUAGAUUUGUUCUUUCUGCCCUCCUAAAACAUACAAAUUUACUCAGUCAAGCAAGUGGUGAAAGCAGGUAUCAGCCUGGCAAAGCAUUAGUAGAAGUAUAUCGCUGUGUGUAUAAAGUUCGGAGUCGUUUGCUCGCUUGCAAGAACAUGGAACUUAUUCAGACUAGGUCAUCCUCAAGAGAUAGAUGGAUGUCAGAAAAUCCGGAAUCUUCAGACAUUGAUGCCCAAGAAAACUCCUUUACUCGGACCAUUGAUGAAGAAGCGGAGAUGGAAGAACAAGCAGAAAGAGAUAGAGAAGAGGGGCAUCCCGAACAAGAAGAUGAAGAGGAAGAAAGAGAGCAUGAAGUUAUGACAGCCGGCAAAAUAUUUCAAUGUUUUCUAUCAGCCCGUGAAGUAGCUCGCAGUCGAGAUCGGGAGCGAAUAAAUGGUGGGACGGGGGCUCGACUCGAUGACCAGCCCCCGCAGUCCCAGCAAGAACGCCGAGUCAGCAGAGACCUCCCGGAGGGACAAGACGUGUACACGGCUGCGUGCAACUCUGUGAUCCAUAGGUGUGCCUUGCUGAUCUUGGGAGUCAGCCCUGUUAUUGAGGAGCUGCAGAAACAAAGGGAGGAAGGACAGUUGCAGCAGCCGUCAAGUGGCACUCCGGAAGGGAUUGGACUCAUGACUAGAAGCGAAAGUCUUACUGCAGAGAGUCGCUCAGUCCACUCCACUUCAAGUUACAAACUGAUAAAAUCCAGGAGUGAAUCCGAUUUAUCUCAGCCUGAAUCAGAUGAAGAAGGCUACUCACUGAACGGAAGGCGAAAUGUGGAUUUGGACUUGGCAUCAUCCCAUAGGAAAAAGGGAGCCGUUCACAGCCCAAUCGAAGCGCUCAGUGAUUCAUGGACACGGCUGAAACACAGAGAUUGGCUGUAUAGCUCUUCUUGUUUAUUUGGGGAGUCUGAUUUUGAUUUUACAAAAUCUGUUGGCGUUCAUACUCUGAUUGAAAACGUGAUCAGUUUUGUGAGUGGGGAUGUGGGGAGCUGCCCAGGCUUUAAGGAGCCCGAAGAAAGUAUGUCAACGAGCCCCCAAGCCUAUAUCAUUGCUAUGGAGCAGCAGCAACAGAGAGCAGAGCUGCGUCUGGAGGCACUUCAUCAGAUCCUGGUGCUGCUUUCUGGGAUGGAAGAAAAAGGCAGCACGCCGUCCGUAGGAAGCCGCCAAGGGCUGGGCUUCCAGUCUUCUUCGCUUCUGACUUCUGUGAGGCUGCAGUUCCUAGCUGGGUGCUUUGGCUUGGGUACCGUAGGACAUGCAGGUUCCAAAGGAGAGAGCAUUCGUUUACAUCAUUACCAGGAUGGCAUCAGGGCAGCUAAAAGAAACAUUCAGACGGAAAUCCAAGUGGCCGUGCACAAGAUCUACCAGCAGUUAUCUGCGACUUUGGAAAGAGCCCUCCAAGCAAAUAAGCACCACAUAGAGGCACAACAGCGUCUCCUGUUGGUAACUGUGUUUGCCCUAAGUGUACACUAUCAGCCAGUCGAUGUGUCCUUGGCCAUUUCCACCGGGCUGUUAAAUGUUCUGUCCCAGUUAUGCGGAACAGACACCAUGCUCGGUCAGCCGCUGCAGCUGUUACCCAAAAGUGGCAUUUCCCAGCUCAGCACUGCUUUAAAAGUAGCCAGCACUAGAUUGCUUCAGAUCCUGGCCAUCACCACAGGAACGUACGCAGACAAGCUGAGUCCGAAAGUGGUCCAGUCUUUGCUGGACCUGCUGUGUAGUCAGCUGAAAAAUCUGUUAUCCCAAGCUGGUGUGAUGCUUAUGGCUUCUUUUGGGGAAAAAGAAGACGGUGAACAGGAACAAGAGGAUGAAAAGAAGGCAGAGGCAAACGGAGACACCGAGAAGAAAGACUUCAGAGUGGCCCUCCGGAAACAGCACGCUGCCGAGUUACAUCUAGGAGAUUUCUUGGUCUUUCUUCGAAGGGUUGUUUCUUCAAAAGCCAUUCAGUCAAAAAUGGCUUCUCCAAAGUGGACAGAAGUGCUCCUGAACAUAGCUUCUCAGAAGUGUUGCUCAGGUGUGCCUUUAGUUGGCAACUUGAGGACCAGGCUGCUUGCGCUACAUGUGCUGGAAGCUGUGUUGCCUGCUUGUGAAUUGGGUGUGGAGGACGACCAGAUGGCCCAGGUUAUUGAACGAUUAUUCUCCCUUCUGUCUGAUUGUAUGUGGGAGAGUCCAGUUGCACAAGCCAAGCAUGUGAUUCAGGUGAAAGAGAAAGAACAGGAAAUGAAGCUGCAGAAACAGGGCGAAUCCGAAGAAGAAGACGAGAACCUUCCUAUACAGGAAGUAUCCUUUGACCCUGAGAAAGCCCAGUGCUGUGUAGUGGAGAAUGGCCAGAUCUUAACUCACGGCAGUGGUGGAAAGGGGUAUGGGUUAGCAUCCACUGGAGUCACCUCUGGGUGUUACCAAUGGAAGUUCUAUAUUGUCAAGGAAAAUCGGGGCAACGAAGGAACGUGUGUAGGAGUGUCCCGCUGGCCGGUUCAUGAUUUUAACCAUCGCACUACCUCAGAUAUGUGGCUGUACAGAGCUUAUAGUGGCAACCUCUACCAUAAUGGGGAGCAGACCUUGACACUGACCAGUUUUACCCAAGGCGACUUCAUAACAUGCGUGUUGGAUAUGGAAGCAAGAACCAUUUCCUUUGGUAAAAACGGGGAGGAACCAAAACUGGCUUUUGAAGAUGUGGAUGCUGCCGAAUUAUACCCUUGUGUGAUGUUUUAUAGCAGUAAUCCUGGAGAAAAGGUCAAAAUCUGUGACAUGCAGAUGCGUGGCACCCCGAGGGACUUGCUGCCGGGGGACCCCAUCUGCAGCCCCGUCGCUGCUGUGCUUGCCGAGGCCACGAUUCAGCUUAUCCGCAUCCUCCACCGCACAGACCGCUGGACACACUGCAUCAACAAAAAAAUGAUGGAGCGGCUCCACAAGAUCAAGCCGUGCCUUAAAGAAGCGGGUCAGAAGCUGAAGAAGAGCCGCUCCGUUCAAAGCAGGGAGGAGAACGAGGUGCGAGAAGAGAAAGAGAGCAAGGAAGAGGAGAAAAGCAAGCACGGCAGUCGGCACGGGCUGGCUGAUCUCUCGGAGCUCCAGCUGAAGAUGCUCUGCGUGGAGGUGUGGCCGGUGCUGGCGGUGAUCGGUGGCGUCGACGCCGGGCUCCGCGUGGGAGGCCGCUGCGUUCACAGGCAAACGGGGCGCCAUGCUACCUUGCUCGGAGUGGUCAAAGAAGGCAGCACGUCCGCCAAAGUCCAGUGGGACGAAGCAGAGAUCACGAUCAGCUUCCCAACUUUUUGGUCGCCUAGUGAUACGCCAUUGUAUAAUCUGGAACCUUGUGAACCGCUGCCUUUUGACGUUGCAAGAUUCCGCGGACUGACAGCCACUGUCUUGCUGGACUUAACCUAUCUGACUGGCAUCCAUGAAGACGUGGGAAAGCAAAAUGCCAAGCGGCAUGAGAAGAAACAUAAACACGACUCCGAAGACAAAGGAGACGUUGACCAGAAAACUGAAAGCGAGUCUGCGUCCGACACACGAUCUGUGCCAAGUGCUGAGGAGGUCAAAGGACACGGAGCUACAAGUUCGAAAUCCGAAAAUGAAAUCACUUCCUUCUCUUUAGAUUCCAUUUCCUUAGGCAUGGAGUGCCAGCAUCCAAACACGGAAGGCAAAAAGAAGAACCAUGAGCAUGCCUCAAAGAAUCACGACGUCGUACAAUCAGAAAUCAGAGCGGUGCAAUUAUCUUAUCUUUACCUUGGUGCUAUGAAAUCACUUAGCACUCUCCUUAGUUGUAGUAAAUAUGCUGAGUUGUUGCUGAUCCCCAAAGUCCUAGCAGACAGUGGCCAUAAUUCCGAUUGUGCAAGUUCCCCCAUCGUCCAUGAAGACGUGGAAAUGCGCGCUGCCUUGCAGUUCUUGAUGCGCCAUAUGGUGAAACGGGCGGUCAUGCGCUCGCCCAUCAAGAGGGCGCUCGGACUGGCGGAUUUGGAACGGGCACAAGCGAUGAUCUACAAAUUAGUGGUUCAUGGGCUGUUGGAGGACCAGUGUGGUAGCAAAAUCAAGCAAGAAAUGGAUCAGCAAGGAGAAGAAAACGACCAAGCUCAGCAGGCCCAGACGCCUGUGACGACGAGUCCUUCUGCCUCCAGCACGACAUCUUUCAUGAGCAGCUCUCUGGAGGAUACGACGACCGCCACCACGCCAGUAACCGACACUGAAACCGUGCCUGCCUCGGAGUCACCGGGCGUUUUGCCCCUCAGCCUUCUUAGGCAAAUGUUCUCCAGCUACCCAACGACUACCGUACUUCCAACAAGACGGGCGCAAACGCCUCCGAUAUCCUCUUUGCCAACGUCUCCCUCUGACGAAGUGGGCAGGAGACAGUCCCUCACCUCUCCCGACUCUCAGUCUGCAAGACCUGCCAAUCGCACAGCUUUGUCAGACCCAAGCAGCCGCCUUUCGACUUCCCCUCCUCCACCUGCCAUUGCUGUGCCGUUGUUAGAAAUGGGCUUCUCCCUCCGGCAGAUUGCAAAAGCAAUGGAAGCCACAGCUUCUAACUUUGACAAGACCAAGUGGGUAAAGAAUAAUGGAGAAUGGGAAGAACGCUUCCAAACCAGGAAUAAUAGCCCAGGAACAAAGAGAGGAAAUAGUGCAAGAGGAGAAGCGGACGCUCAGAACAUUACUGUCCUGGCCAUGUGGAUGAUAGAGCAUCCCGGGAACGAGGAAGAUGAAGAGCCUCAAUUGGAAGAAACAGCUGAUUCCCGCCACGGCACUGUAGUCUCUGGGGGCAGCGGGAAGUCGGGUGACCAGUGUUACUUACAAUCUCCUGGAGACAUUCCUUCAGCCGAUGCCACUGAAAUAGAAGAAGGCUUUAGUGAAAGCAAUGAUAAUAUGGAUCAUGCAGAAAACGCAGCGUCUGGAAGUGGACCCACUUCUAGGGGUCGGUCAGCAGUAACCAGGAGACACAAAUUUGAUUUAGCUGCUCGGACGCUGCUGGCACGUGCCGCGGGAUUGUACCGCUCUGUACAGGCCCACAGGAAUCAGAGCCGGAGAGAAGGGAUCUCUUUGCCGCAAGACCCUGGAGCGUUGUAUGACUUUAACUUGGACGAGGAACUGGAGAUCGACCUGGAUGACGAAGCCAUGGAAGCCAUGUUCGGGCAGGAUCUAGCUAGUGAUAAUGACAUUCUGGGAAUGUGGAUCCCAGAGGUAUUGGAUUGGCCUACCUGGCACGUGUGUGAAUCUGAAGACAGGGAAGAAGUAGUAGUAUGUGAGCUGUGCGAAUCCAGUGUUGUCAGCUUCAAUCAACACAUGAAGAGAAAUCACCCUGGCUGUGGGCGUAGUGCAAACCGUCAAGGCUAUCGUAGCAACGGCUCCUAUGUGGAUGGCUGGUUUGGUGGAGAAUGCGGCAGUGGGAAUCCUUACUACCUCUUAUGCGGUAGCUGCCGAGAAAAAUACUUGACCUUGAAGAGCAAAUCUAAGACAUCGGCCUCAGAAAGAUACAAAGGGCAGGCCCCUGAUCUGAUAGGAAAGCAAGACAGCGUCUAUGAAGAAGACUGGGAUAUGUUGGAUGUUGACGAGGACGAAAAGUUGACGGGCGAAGAGGAAUUUGAAAUGUUGUCCGGACCCCUCGGGUUGAACGAUCGCCGCAUUGUGCCUGAGCCCGUUCAGUUUCCGGAUAGUGAUCCGCUGGGGGCCUCUGUUGCCAUGGUCACAGCCACCAACAGUAUGGAGGAAACACUGAUGCAAAUAGGUUGCCAUGGCUCCGUAGAGAAAAGUUCUUCCGGCCGAAUUACCCUGGGGGAGCAGGCUGCCGCUUUGGUAAAUCCCCACGACCGUGUUAUGGCCUUAAGGAGGGUGACAGCAGCCGCUCAAGUCCUCCUGGCGAGAACAAUGGUCAUGAGAGCACUCUCGCUCCUUUCCGUCAGUGGGUCCAGUUGCAGUCUUGCAGCGGGGCUUGAGUCCCUGGGUUUGACUGAUAUCCGGACCUUGGUCCGAUUGAUGUGCCUGGCUGCCGCGGGGAGAGCUGGCCUCUCCACGAGUCCCUGUACGGUGUCUGGUUCUUCUGAAAGAUCUCGAGGUGUACAUAGCAAAAUGAGCAAGCCCAUUUCCUGCUUGGCUUAUCUGAGCACAGCAGUCGGCUGUUUGGCUUCAAAUACUCCAAGUGCUGCAAAACUGCUGGUUCAACUGUGCACCCAGAAUUUGAUUUCAGCAGCAACUGGUGUGAAUUUGACUACAGUGGACGAUCCGGUGCAACGGAAAUUCCUGCCAAGUUUUCUGCGAGGAAUCGCAGAAGAGAACAAGCUUAUAACAUCACCCAACUUUGUUGUUACUCAAGCACUGGUGGCCUUGUUGGCAGACAAGGGAGCCAAGUUGAGGCCAAAUUAUGAUAAAGCAGAAGUUGAAAAGAAAGGUAUGAUUGCCCAUUUGUAUGCCCAUCCUUCCUAUGAUCCUUCUGCUGUAGGCCCCCUGGAGCUGGCUAACGCACUAGCAGCUUCCUGCCUUUCUUCAAGGUUAUCCUCGCAACACAGGCAGUGGGCUGCACAGCAACUUGUGCGGACUCUUGCAGCUCACGAUCGAGAUAACCAGACCAGCCCCCAGACCCUUGCAGAUAUGGGAGGAGAUCUGCGGAAAUGCUCCUUCAUCAAGCUGGAGGCUCACCAGAACAGGGUGAUGACUUGUGUCUGGUGCAACAAAAAAGGGCUUUUGGCAACCAGUGGGAAUGAUGGAACUAUCCGGGUGUGGAACGUUACAAAAAAGCAAUACUCCUUGCAGCAAACAUGUGUGUUCAACAAAUCGGAAAGUGACGCCGAGGAAAACUUGGGGUCACCCAGUGAUCCAAGCUUGUCUCUUGCCUGUUGGAGUGUCAGUGGCAAGUACCUGGCUGGAGCCCUGGAGAAGAUGGUCAACAUCUGGCAAGUCAACGGAGGGAAAGGACUCCUGGAUGUUCAGCCUCAUUGGGUGUCUGCUCUAUCAUGGCCAGAAGAAGGACCAGCUGCAACCUGGACAGGAGACUCUCCGGAAUUACUGCUUGUAGGUCGUAUGGAUGGAUCUCUUGGGCUGAUUGAAGUUUUAGACAUUUCCACCAUGCACAGAGUUGAACUGGAGCACUGCUACAGAAAGGAUGUGUCUGUGACCUGCCUUGCCUGGUUUAGCGAAGACAAACCUUUUGCGAUCGGCUAUUUGGAUGGGAAGCUGCUGAUAGGCACGAAAGAACCGCUUGAGAAAGGAGGGAUUGUUUUAGUUGAUGCUCACAAGGACACCAUUGUCAACAUGAGAUGGGAUCCGACCGGAAAGAUCCUCAUGACCUGUGCCAAGGAAGAGUCGGUGAAGCUGUGGGGGCAUAUGGGGGGCUGCUGGCGGCAUUUGUACUCCCUCUCUCACCAGUCAGUGGUGAACGCCGUUGCCUGGUGCAGCCUCCCAGGGAAAGGCCCAAAGCUGCAGCUCUUGCUGGCUACAGGAUGCCAGAACGGUUUGCUUUGCGUUUGGACUGUUCCUCAAGAUGAACUGGUCUUACUGCAGUCCAGCCUAAGUUGUUCUGAAGGAUGGUGGGACGAGGAAGCCAACGGCAAGGAUGCAUACAGGAAAGUAGCAGAAACCAAGUGCGUUUAUCAGCUGAAAGGGCACAUCACGCCCGUCCGGACGGUGGCCUUCAGUUCCGACGGACUGACCUUGGUGUCAGGUGGACUUGGUGGGCUUAUGAACAUCUGGUCUCUCCGGGACGGCUCCGUUUUACAGAGUGUUGUGAUAGGUUCUGGAGCGAUUCAAACCACUGUAUGGAUCCCUGAGGUUGGAGUAGCUGCUUGUUCUAGUAGAUCAAAGGACGUGCUGGUGGUGAACUGCACAUCAGAAUGGUUUUCUUCCAACCAUGUCCUUGCAACAUGCAGGACUGCUUUGAAACAACAGGGUAUUAUUGGAUUGAACACGGCCCCUUGCAUGAGAGCCUUCCUGGAACGUCUGCCGAUAAUGCUUCAGGAACAGUAUGCUUAUGAAAAGCCUUACGUCGUUUGUGGAGACCAGCUUGUCCACAGCCCGUACAUGCAGUGCUUGGCCUCGCUUGCUGUAGGGCUUCACCUGGAUCAACUCCUGUGCAACCCACCUGUCCCGCCUCAUCACCAGACCUGCCUCCCAGAUCCGUCGACCUGGAAUCCCACGGAGUGGGCCUGGCUGGAAUGUUUCUCGACUACAAUCAAAGCCGCUGAAGCUCUGGCCAAGGGAGCCACCUUCCCAGAAUCCUUUACGGUCCCAGACCUGGAGCCUGUGCCGGAGGACGAACUUGCCCUCCUGAUGGAUAAUGGCAAAUGGAUCAAUGGGAUGGACGAGCAGAUUAUGUCCUGGGCAACGUCACGGCCUGAGGACUGGCACCUUGGUGGGAAAUGCGACGUGUACCUGUGGGGAGCCGGGAGGCACGGGCAGCUGGCAGAGGCUGGGAGAAACGUCAUGGUGCCCGUCUCCGCGACGUCGUUCUCGCAAGCUCAGCAGGUAAUUUGUGGCCAAAACUGUACAUUUGUGAUCCAAGCGAACGGGACGGUGUUGGCGUGCGGAGAAGGGAGUUACGGUCGGUUGGGACAAGGAAACUCAGAUGAUCUCCACGUGCUCACCGUUAUUUCAGCACUGCAAGGUUUCGUUGUAACUCAGCUGGUGACGUCUUGUGGCUCUGAUGGCCACUCCAUGGCUUUGACAGAGAGCGGCGAAGUUUUCAGCUGGGGGGAUGGAGAUUAUGGCAAACUGGGCCACGGAAACAGUGACCGGCAACGCCGGCCGAGGCAGAUAGAGGCUUUGCAAGGAGAAGAAGUGGUGCAGAUGUCUUGCGGCUUCAAACAUUCAGCAGUGGUGACUGCAGAUGGCAAGCUGUUUACGUUUGGGAACGGAGAUUAUGGUCGCUUGGGACUAGGAAACACAUCCAACAAGAAGCUUCCUGAAAGAGUGACGGCUCUGGAGGGCUAUCAGAUUGGAGAGGUUGCUUGUGGGCUAAACCACACCAUAGUUGUGUCGACAGACGGCUCAAUGGUUUGGGCCUUUGGUGAUGGCGACUACGGGAAGUUGGGCCUAGGAAACUCAACCGCAAAAUCCUCACCACAGAAAGUAGAUAUUCUUUGUGGAAUUGGAAUCAAAAAGGUUGCCUGUGGAACCCAGUUUUCAGUUGCAUUGACGAAAGAUGGACAUGUGUACACAUUUGGGCAGGACCGGCUGAUUGGCUUGCCAGAAGGCAGAGCCCGCAACCACAAUCGCCCCCAGCAAGUUCCAGCUUUGUCGGGAGUUUUCAUUGAAGACGUCGCCGUUGGAGCAGAGCACACCCUCGCGCUGUCUUCCUCCGGGGAUGUUCACGCCUGGGGUAGCAACUCCGAAGGUCAGCUUGGACUGGGCCACACCAACCAUGUUCGAGAGCCAACUCUAAUUACUUUCCUGCAAGGCAAGAAUAUCCGACAGAUUUCAGCAGGGCGAUGCCACAGUGCGGCGUGGACGGCUCCACCUGUGCCCCCACGAGCUCCAGGUGUGUCGGUGCCUUUGCAGCUGGGCUUACCGGACGCCAUUCCACCUCAGUACGGAGCGCUGAAGGAAGUGAGCAUCCACACCGUCAGAGCGAGGCUCCGGCUGCUCUACCAUUUUUCUGACCUCAUGUAUUCGUCAUGGAGGCUGCUGAAUCUCAGUCCCAAUAACCAGAACAGCACAUCCCAUUACAAUGCUGGAACGUGGGGGAUUGUCCAAGGACAGCUGAGGCCGCUACUGGCACCAAGAGUCUAUACCCUCCCCAUGGUUCGCUCCAUAGGAAAGACCAUGGUCCAGGGGAAGAACUAUGGGCCACAGAUCACGGUCAAAAGGAUAUCGACCAGAGGUCGGAAAUGCAAGCCUAUUUUUGUUCAAAUUGCAAGACAAGUCGUGAAGCUCAAUGCUUCAGACCUUCGCCUGCCCUCUCGUGCCUGGAAAGUGAAAUUAGUUGGAGAAGGUGCUGAUGAUGCAGGGGGAGUCUUUGAUGACACCAUCACAGAGAUGUGCCAGGAACUUGAAACUGGGGUGGUUGACCUCCUAAUUCCUUCCCCAAACGCAACAGCGGAAGUAGGCUACAACAGAGAUAGGUUCCUCUUCAACCCUUCAGCCUGUUUAGAUGAACAUCUGAUGCAGUUCAAGUUUUUGGGCAUUCUGAUGGGCGUGGCCAUUCGUACGAAGAAGCCUUUAGAUCUUCAUUUGGCUCCCAUGGUCUGGAAGCAACUCUGUUGUAUCCCACUCACUCUGGAAGACUUGGAAGAGGUGGAUCUUCUCUAUGUGCAAACCCUGAACAGCAUUCUUCACAUUGAAGACAGUGGGAUAACAGAAGAGAAUUUCCACGAGAUGAUUCCUCUAGAUUCUUUUGUUGGCCAGAGUGCUGAUGGAAAAAUGGUUCCCAUAAUUCCUGGUGGGAAUAGCAUCCCACUCACCUUUUCAAACCGAAAGGAAUAUGUGGAAAGGGCCAUUGAAUAUAGACUCCAUGAAAUGGACCGUCAGGUGGCUGCAGUGCGAGAAGGGAUGUCAUGGAUUGUCCCCGUGCCCCUGCUGUCCCUUCUGACAGCUAAGCAGUUGGAGCAAAUGGUCUGUGGGAUGCCAGAAAUCUCUGUGGACGUCCUAAAGAAGGUGGUACGGUACAGAGAAGUCGACGAGCAGCACCAGCUAGUGCAGUGGUUCUGGCACACGCUGGAGGAGUUUUCAAACGAGGAGCGAGUCCUUUUCAUGAGAUUCGUGUCGGGAAGAUCUCGCCUGCCGGCCAACACAGCAGAUAUCUCUCAGCGUUUCCAAAUAAUGAAGGUCGAUAGGCCUUUUGACAGCCUGCCUACCUCACAGACUUGUUUCUUUCAACUGAGGCUCCCACCCUACUCCAGUCAGCUAAUCAUGGCCGAGCGUUUGCGCUAUGCAAUCAACAAUUGCAGGUCUAUAGAUAUGGACAAUUACAUGCUGUCCCGAAACGUGGACAACGCCGAGGGCUCCGACACAGACUAUUAACUCUGUGGACAAGAAUCACCUUCCUUUCUCGCAAAUAGUGCCCAUGUCAGAUUUCAAUGUUGACACCAUUUUAUGGUAACAAUAGAUGUUUUAGGAACUGUGGCCACCUUUUUAGUUACUAUAAAUGUAACAAAACUUAGAUGUGUUUAUUUUUUUGUGACUGUAAACAAAAAUACAAAAAAGUGAAAUCAGUAAGGUUCCCCCCCCCUUCCCCCCCUAUAUUUUUGUUCACUUUUGAUAAGUUUGCAUGGAGCCUUUCCGGUGCAUUUUUGUUGGGAAUGGUACAUUUAUAAGCCCUCCCAGUGAACAUGAAGAGUUGUACAUUGUGUAUAAUUGUUCAUUAGAAAGGACAGUUUUACAUGAAUAUUCAUAUAUUUAUUUUUGUUUUAAUUUGAAAUGCCUGUGCAGGGUUCCUUAUGCAGAGAAAAUAAAGCAAAUUCAAGAACUGAA